CGUCAGAACAUUCACAUAUCACAACACUCACAUAUCACAGCUAAAAUGGACGAGUGGGUGCGAGCGCAGUUUCGCGCAUCCUACUGCGACAAGAGUGGAGUUCAGUUUGGCGUCUUGAACAUGGCUAAGUUCCGUAAGCGACUUGUUGAUCAGCGUCCCCAGUCAUCCACUACGAUUGACGCUGCGCUUGCAAGGCUCGAUCUACAUGUGUGCGCUGCUCUAUGCAAAAGAUUUCCACUUGACAAAGAAGGCCGCUUCCAGAAUCGCUCCACUGUUCUCGCAACUGUCAAGCAUAUGAGAUUCGACAUGUCGGAAAGCGCAGUCCAAGCUAUGGUAGAGAGUUUUGAACAACAGAAUAUCGCAGCUGUCAAGACGACUACUAAACCACCCUACACUCCUCCCACAACUUCUCUUCAACCUGGUCCUGCAUCCGCUACAGCUAAACCCCCACCAUCGUUGAUGUGUGCUACCGAGCUUCGAACUUGGAUCCAACAACAAUACCUCAGUCAAGGGUUCAACAAAUUAGGCUUCAUUGGCUGGAAGAAGUUUCACGGUCUGCUUGUUCAGCAGAAGCCCAACCAAGGCCAGGGAAUCACGGCUUUGCUAAUCGAACUUCGAAUACCGGGUCGUCCAGAUAGUCUAGAAGAUCCAGCCCGUGUGGAGCAAGCAAGAUCAGCUUCCAGGAAGCAGGGAGGUGUUCAACUUGAGCAGUCUCGGUUGCAGUCUGUUCAGUUGUACAAAGCGACAUCAACGCCGGCACCAGUCUCAGUCCCGGCGAAAGUGAAGCCUGCCCCCACUCAUGAGGAUGUGAGCGUCCUGCAGACCCCAGAACCCACAGGCCCGACCGAAAAUGAUCUUCUCGCACGAAAAAUGAGGGGAUUGGAUUUCUUUGUUGACACACAAACCUCCACUUCGACCGCGUCGGACUCUGAAGACUCGUGUGAUGACAUGUCAAUUACGCAGGGGCUGCACUUCCACCUGAUGGAUCAAAUGCUUGCUGAUACGCGCAAUACACCUGAUCCGCAGGGUGCUACACAUGGUCAGAACCGGGAUAUCCGCCAAGCACCCUUGCUGUCUAGUGAGCUUAUCACAACGCAUAGCAAAGAUCUUCUGCCUCAGUUCGGUCUCCUCGGUAGUCAUUCGGAUACAGCCCUCGACAACGCAGAUACAAAGUUGUUCCUGAACAGUAACGUUCCAUUCUCAGCCUUCGUCUGCGGUGUUCAAGGAAGUGGCAAGAGCCAUACGACCGCCUGUAUGCUUGAAAAUGCCUUAAUUCCCUCCCCGCACCUUGGUCAACUCAAAUCACCCGUGUCUGCGCUAGUCUUCAGUUAUGGAGAAUUCAGCAAUGGUGGGUCAGGUUUCAAUGUCAGCGAAGCCGCCUUCCUCUCCGCAGCAAAUCGGAGCUUUCCAGGCCAAUGCGUCAAGAACAUUACUGUCCUUACCUCUCCAUCCAACCCUGCGAUACGAAAGUUCUACGAGCGAUUUCCAAAUAUCGAGAUCAUUCCGUUCAAGCUAAAGGCUAAAACGCUUGACAUCGGAACAUUACUGACACUCAUGGCGGUCAAUGAGAAGUCGGAUGUCCCGCUCUACAUGGCCAAAGUGGAAAGUAUCCUGCGAAAUAUCGCAAUGGAAAGCAAAGCAGGAGUUUUCGACUACGAUCUGUUCAAAGAGAGAUUGGCUCUGGAAGACUUUGACCCAAAGCAGACAAAUAUGCUCGAGAUGCGUCUGGGUUUGCUCGAAUCAUUUUUAGAUAGGGCUGGUAACAUACCCGAGCCGAAGUAUCGUCCCGGCGAAGUCACCAUCAUCGAUCUUUCGGAUCCGUUCGUCACUCCGAACACAGCUUGUAUUCUGUUUAAACUAGCUCUUGAGCGGUUUAUGCAGUCCAGCGCGCCUGCAAAGAUGGUCGUGUUGGACGAAGCACACAAAAUGAGUUGUUGCCCCUUAUCCUCCUUCUCCGCUGACAAUAAAAUCCUCAACGAUAGUCUGGCAACCCUCAUUCGCCUCCAACGCCACAAAGGUGCUCGUGUCGUCAUAUCCACGCAGGAACCUACUGUCUCCACUGACCUCAUCGCAUUGUGCUCUGUCACAGUUAUCCACCGUUUCACAAGCCCUGCUUGGUAUGCUGCGCUCAAGAGACAUAUCAACGCGAUGGAUAACGACAGAGCUAUUAUGCAGGAUAUCGAAAGCCUAAGGACGGGAGAGGCACUCGUGUAUUCUCCAAACGCAGUACUAGGCAAGAACGAGGAUGGCAGUCUCAUUAAGCCGACUGGUCGUCUUCUGAAGCUCGGUAUCAGGAAGCGCGUAACAGUCGAUGGCGGAGAGUCGAUCAUGGCUGUCUAG